AUUUCAUUCCUAAUUUAGAAGCUGAUUCAUCUUCCACAAAUGAGAUCUCUGUACACUCGCUUCUCUCUGGUUUCGGACUCUUAUCUACUAUUCCAACUUCCAACUGACUUGUAAUGUUCUGGACUGCGACGCCCAAAAUUGUCCGCGCAGUAAGACCCCAAUGGAACUCUCCUGAUCUCCCUUUCCCAUCUGAGAUGAUUGCUUCAAAACCUACCAUUUUUUCAGGGCUCAUCUUGUUAUCUUGUUUACUUCUCUUCCUCUAUUCCUCCAUUCUUCCUUUCUACUCGACCUCCCCAUCACUACCAGAGCUUUCAAAUCCCUCUCUCAGAAACUCUCGAAAGAGUCCAUCAGAGAAAACCAACCUUUUUCCCCCUUGCAAUUUGUACAAGGGGCAUUGGAUUCGAGAACUCAAUUAUAAACCCUUAUAUGACGAAAACUGCCCAUUUCACCGGAAUGCUUGGAAUUGCUUGAGGAACAAGAGAGAGAACAUGGAGAAGAUCAAUUCGUGGAGAUGGGUUCCUGAAAAUUGCACUUCUCCACGGAUUGAUCCCUUUGCUUUUCUGGGUUUGAUGAGAAAUAAGAAAAUUGGGUUUGUCGGGGAUUCCCUGAACGAGAAUUUCUUGGCGUCAUUUCUUUGCAUUCUUCGUGUGGCGGACGAAAGUGUGAAGAAGUGGAAGAGGAAGGGUGCUUGGAGAGGAGCGUAUUUCCCCAAGUUCAAUGUUACGGUUGCGUACCAUAGGGCCGUUUUGCUUGCCAAAUACGAGUGGCAGCCUAGAAAACAGCUAAAUCUGCCAGAUCAAGAUGGAUUGAAGGCGACAUAUCGAAUUGAUAUCGAUAUUCCUGCAGAUGAUUGGGUUGAGGCCUCCAAGUUCUAUGAUGUCCUAAUUUUUAAUACUGGACACUGGUGGGGUUUUGAUAAGUUUCCAAAAGAGACACCUCUUGUCUUCUACAGGAAAGGGCAACCAGUAAGUCCUCGACUCGGAAUGUUAGAUGGACUUCAGGCUGUCCUUCGAAGUAUGGUCUCUUAUAUACAAAGGGAAGUCCCUAAUGGGACACUUAAAUUCUGGCGUUUGCAGUCUCCAAGGCAUUUUUAUGGUGGCGAUUGGAACCAAAAUGGUAGUUGCUUGUUCAAUGAGCCUCUCCAAGAAGACCAGCUUGACAUGUGGUUUGAUCCCAGGUACAAAGGAGUGAAUAGAGAAGCAAGACAAAUAAACCAUCUGAUUGAAGAAGCAUUACAGGGCACAGACAUCCAUUUGCUUGAUCUAAGUCAUUUGAGUGAAUUCAGAGCAGAUGCCCAUCCAGCAAUUUGGUUGGGAAAGAAGGAUGCAGUCUCUAUCUGGGGUCAGGACUGCAUGCACUGGUGCCUACCUGGAGUCCCUGACACAUGGGUUGAUAUCCUAUCAGCGAUGAUCAGCUAUGGAGUGGAAACUAUGUGAUGAAAGAUCGAACAAAAUUAUUAUCAGCUCAAGCUAAAACCAUUGUUUUGCCAAAAGUGUUUACAAUUUUCCAUUUUGUGAUGAUAUAUGAGCUACUACUGAAGGUCAACUGUAGACAAAAUUUCUUCCAAGCUUUAGAUCUGGGUCAGAUGUGAGUGGUUGGCUUUGCAAGAUCUGAGAGAGGCACACACAAAAGGCAAAUCAUCUUUGUGGAUCAGAGCUCAAGUAAAAGAAUGUUACACGGAAUUCCAUAGUUCUUGUGGUGUCUUGGAGAAGGGUCCGCAGAUCAUUCAUAUAUGAAAAAUCCAAAGCCUCUUGGAAGCAAAGUUUCAGGCCUUCAUCUUCCACUUGAUUAGUUUCUCAUUGGGGAAUUGGAAAGCCAGAUUACUGAAAAAAGUCUCCUUUUGAUGUAGAAGAAUUGAGGAUAUGAGUUCUAGGUUUAUAGCAUCAUUUAUUUUUUUCAUUUAACAUACAUUAAUUUUCCCUUGUACGGAGAUUUUAACUGGGCCACAGGUUACACGCUAUAAAUGAGCCUAAUUCAUUAAUGGUUUCAAUUGA